AUGGUAUCGUUGACAAAAAAUGUGAUGUCUGAUGUAGAACCUCAAGUGUCAUUGGCUUUAUCUAAUAUCUCGUCAUAUGAGAAUAGAAACAGCGGAGAUGGUGGUGGAGAUGGUGGAGGUGGUUGUGGAGAUGGUGAUGACUGUGAUGGAGAUGGUUAUAAUGGCCAACACCCCCUAUUCAAUACAAGAGGCAUCUUUUAUAGAUUUAUCGACUCAUUCAAGCCGUUUGACUAUUCAACAUUGCCACCAGUUUACCUCGCACACUUUAAUGAACAACAAAAAUUAAGACGCGAACUGGAUUCUAGAAACAAUGGUGAAGACAUGACUUCACUGCAUUUCGAUAAGGACAGUUAUCAAGGUUUAUUACACCCUGCCCAUCCCGAUUUCGACUAUUCCAAGUUUUCUCAAUUAGAAAGAGACUCACUCAUCACAGCAAUGAGUCCGUUGAGAAAAAGACUUCAAACAAGACAUUUGACUUGGAUCUCCCUUGGUGCAUGUAUAGGUACAGGUCUCUUUAUUACUAGCGGCAAAUCGCUUCAUCAUGCAGGACCAUUAGGACUAUUGCUAGUAUGGAUUUUCAUUGGAAGCUUGGUAUUCACAACAAUGUCGAGCUUGUCUGAACUAGCUACUGCUUUUCCUGUAAGUGGUGCAUUUGUUACUUUCCCAUCACUAUUUAUUGAUAGAGCUGUUGGAUUUGCCAUAGCUUGGAAUUAUGCAUUACAGUGGCUAGUCACUUUGCCAUUAGAAUUGGUUGCUGCAUCAAUGUUGAUUCAAUACUGGAACGCUCUGAUUAACCCAGGAGUCUUUGUAACUAUAUUUUAUUGUGUAAUUGUGCUUAUCAACUUGUUUGGUGUAAAAGGAUAUGGAGAAAUUGAAUCGUUGAUGAGUAUUGCAAAAGUAAUUGGUGUUAUUGGCUUUAACAUAUUGGCAAUCGUUAUUGUAACUGGCGGUGUUCCUAAUCAGCCAUAUAUUGGGGGUGCAAAUUGGCACCUGCCGAGAGGUGGGUUAUUCAACACUGUUGAGCCAUUUAAGCAAAUGUGUUAUAUUAUAUCAAGUGCAUCUUUUGCAUAUGCUGGGAUAGAGUUGUUCGCGUUAGGAGCAGUGGAGUCCUCAACGCCAAAGAUAUCCAUCAACAAAUCGCGGAAACAAAUCUUUUAUCGAAUUGUUUGUUUUUAUUUAGUACUGAUUGUUAUGAUUGGAUUACUCGUUUCCUACAAGAGUGAGGAACUUGACGUUUCAGCAGCUGGAUUGACUAGUUUUGGGAUCAGUGUCAACACAUCGCCAUUUGUUAUUGCUAUCAAAAAUGCCAAUAUUCAUGUCUUGCCAUCGAUAAUGAAUGCAGUAGUAAUAAUAACUGUUUUGUCAGUAGGCAAUGCAUCGGUGUUUGCAUCGACCCGAGUGCUUAAUGCAAUUGGAGCAUUGAGUCAAGGUCCUAAAUUUUUAUGCUUUAUUGAUAAAAAAGGACGACCCAUGGGGUGUCUAAUUGUACAAUUUGCAUUUGGUUUACUUGCUUAUCUUGUUUGCAUUCCUGGUAGGACCACUGAAGUGACUAUAUUCGAGUGGAUGUUGAGCUUAAGUGGACUCAGUGCAUUAUUCACAUAUUUGCUGAUAAACAUAUGUCAGUUGCGUUUCCAUAGUGCAUUGGAUUAUCAAGCAAGGUCACCCAAGCUAGAGUUGUUAUACGUUUCGUCUCCUUGGUGUUCGUGGUAUGCGAUUAUUGCAAUAUGUAUUACACUAGUGUUACAGUUUUGGGCCGCUUUAUCACCGCCUGGAGACGAUGGUAAAAUUGACGUUGUAUCGUUUUUCAAGAUAUAUCUUGGAUUGCCUGUGUUGAUAUUGAGUUAUCUUGGAUAUAAGAUCUAUGACUAUAAAUAUAAUCAGGUUCCCUUUACCAAGCUUUGGCUUUCUGCAAAUGAAAUAGAUGUUGACUCUGGAAGAAGACAGGUUGAUUUGGAAGUUGUUAAGCAGGAGAUUGCUGAACGAAGCAACACAUUGGAUAGUAAACCCUGGUGGUUUAAACUAUAUCAUUUUUUUUGUUAG